UUUUAGUAUUUUACUGAAUUAUUGAAUUUUAAUAUUUUGCGGAAUUUAAUUGCAGUUUAAUAUUACUGAAUUUUACUGAAUUUAGUAUUAAAUUGCAGUUUAAUUAAAUUGGUUGGUAUUGAUUAAAUUGUAGUUAUUUAAUUAUGCCUAUUUGUAUUAUUUUUUAAUUUUUUUACUGAAUUUAAUAUGGUAUUCAUUUUGUAAAUGAAUAGGCGAAUGUCCCAUAUCUUCGUCGCGACACUAUAGACCAGACGGAGGUUGCUAUCAGCACCUACUAUAGGGAUUCACAUUUUCCGGAGCUGGUUGAAACUUUAAAUGUGGUCGGCGAACAGUGCAAUUCAGAUUUAUUGGGAAGAUUUAGAGCAUCAUGUUUUGGGCAUUUCACUGAUUGGAGGCCCGGCGCGAAGAGCAAUAAAACAUUACACCAGAUUGUAUCGAGGCAGAUUGUGUCAGAAGAAAAUGAGAUGUGCUUCUUUCUGUGCGGAGCACGAGUCAGAUUUUCCCCUGCGGACUACGCAUUAGUGACUGGGCUCAAUUUCGGGGGAUCGAGGUUCGAUGCGACAUUACAGCACGACUGCAGUCGCGUGGAGGCAUACCGACGAUUCUGCGGUGCGCGAAGCAUGACCAUACAGUCGCUCAUCAAACGCGUGUGCGAUUUGGAUCGUCGAGUGGAUGAUGAGGAUGAGAGCCUGUACCUUCGUGCUGUCCUCGUGUGUGUGGCUCACACCCUUGUUCUUGGGUUGGAUGCGCGGGUACAGCCGUGGCUUUGGGUGUUGGUGGAUGAUCUGGCUGCAUUUGAUAGAUUCCCCUGGGGCGCGUAUUCGUAUAAGAUGUUAUGCCAUUAUACGAGAGAGACAGGAAAGGGCGAGAAGUAUCACUUCUACGGUCCUUCGUGGGCUUUAUAUGUCUGGGCAUUGGAGCGCGUCCCGGGCUUCGGACACAUGGUCGCAGCAUCUAGCGGUGAUCCGACAGCGCACCCUCGGUGUUUGAGAUGGACUUUCAGGGGUAAGCCGAAGCUUCACGGUCUGCGCGAUCUAUUCGAGGGACAGGGUGGUGUCAUGCCCCUGGACCCCGAUGCUGACGAUCUGUCGAGUCACUACUUCAUAUCCAGCUUAUUCAACGAGCAUUAUUUCCUGUAA